CUUCGCCUAUCUAUCUAUCUAUAAGCAUUAUCAUCACAUAUCCAUUAAUUUAAUUAUCACCAAAACGUACGACAUGGGCAAUUGUCAGGCCAUCGACAAUGCGAGUUUUGUCUUACAGACCCAAAACGGCCGAGCCGAGAGGUUUUAUGCUCCCGUCUCGGCCGCUGAGAUGAUGAAGCUUCAUCCUGGACACCAUGUUGCUUUACUACUCACCACCACCUUUUACUCUUCUCCACCACCAGCUUCCUCUUCUAACCACCACCACCAUCAUCAUCACCGGCAUCCCAACAACAAUAACAAUAAUAAAAGCGACAACAAUAAUAAUAGUAAUAAUAAUCAGCCGCUUCGAGUUACUAGAAUUAAACUUCUUCGUCCCACAGACAAUCUUGUUCUUGGUCAUGCUUACAGACUCAUCACUACCCAAGAGGUGAUGAAAGGAAUUAAGGCAAAGAAGAACGGAAAAUUAAACAAUAAGAAUUAUCAUCAGCAAAGCGAAUCCAAUUCAAACUGUGAUCAAGCAUCAGCCAUAAAAUCACUUAAUCAAUCAGGAAAAACCCACCAUCAGAUGAGAAGAGUAGAUAAAGAUAGGCCAAUAGUGAGCUCUAAAUCAACGGGAAACAAACCAAGAGGAUGGCACCCAUCGUUAAAUAGUAUCUCAGAAAUAACAAGCUAGCAAACUUAUUAAAAAUAUUAGCUAAGCUAUGUUUAUAUCGAGAUUUUAAAGUUUUUUUUUUUUUAGAUUAAUUUUUUUUUUUUGUGGGAAUUAAGUUGGAGAUUUGCAUUUGGGGACAUGAUGAAUGAUGCAAUAUCUUGAAAAAUGAGAUUUUGCCUUUCUUUUUAAGUUUUAUAAUGAUUUUGCUGUGUUUCAAGAAAUGCUUUUGUUAAGUUUCCGUUGAACGGAUUGACUUACAUGUAAUUUUCCCCACCUUUGUAAUUAUUAUAACUUCUUCUCAUUCUCUUUUA